AUGAGGAGGCUGCUCCUCUGCCUUCUGGCCCUCGUCACACUCUGGAUGGUGCAGGCCCAGGAGGACAACUGCAAAGGUCUUUGCGGCAGGCGCCCCUUGGCACCUGGCCACUCCCUCCCCGUUGUGGGGGGCAUCGACACCAUGCCCGGCACCUGGCCCUGGAUGGUCAGCAUCCGGACCCCGUUCAAGUCUGGCUACCAGCACACCUGCGGAGGGUCGCUCGUCGGCUCCAGGUGGAUCCUCACGGCAGCCCACUGCUUCAGAGACAUCAGGCACCUGACCAAUUGGGAACUGGUGUUGGGCACGACCAAAUUAUCCCACCCGGGUCCCGACGCAGAAGUCCGCUUCCCCAAGAGGGUGGUACAGCACGAGAACUAUCAGCCUCGCCAGCAGAUCAACGACAUUGCCCUGGUGGAGUUGGAUGACCCCGUGAAGUGCAACGACUACAUCCAGCCCGCCUGCUUGCCGGACGGCUCGGUGGACGUCUCCAGCAUGGUCCAUUGCUACAUUGCUGGGUGGGGCUAUACGCGGGAGAAAGACAAGGCGCCAUCAGAUGUCUUGAAGGAGGCCAAGGUGGACCUCAUCGCCACAGAGAAGUGCAACAGCAGCAACUGGUAUUACGGGAGCAUCUCCACCAGCAACCUGUGUGCCGGAUUCGAAGGCGGAGGCAUUGACACUUGCCAGGGUGACAGCGGAGGGCCUCUGAUGUGUAGGGAAAACCGGUCCGAACGCUACUGGAUUGUGGGAGUGACUGCCUGGGGACUGGGCUGUGCCAGGGCCCAGAAACCUGGGGUCUACACUUCUACCCAGAACUUCUAUGACUGGAUCCUAGGCUACACAAAAGAAAAGACCACGCAGGAGAAGCUCACCCCUGUGCCACAGGUGCUCCCAGAGACAACAUCAUCAGCCACAUCCAGUCCAUCCACACCUAAACCCACGACGUCCACAGAAGAAACAAGCCCACCUCCACCCGAAGAAGCUCCAAGGAAGCUAGAAAUACCCGUCCAAACCCAGCCAACGUCCAAAACAGAGACAACGUCCCUCCCAACCACCACAACUCUGCAGAAUCCGUGGCCUCGCUUACAAACCGAAACUACUCCUCGUUCUUUGGUGACCACUUCAACAACCACUGCUACUACCACGGAAACCAUCUCCACGGCCACCACAGAAGCCAUCCCCGAAGACACCACUGAAGAAAUCGUUGAAGCCUCCACGGAAGCCACCACGGAAGAAGUCAUUGAAGCCACCACUGAAGAAGCCACAGAAGCCACCACUGAAAGUGGAAAGAUUGAUGUCUACCCCUUCCUGUUGGGUUUCAAGGCAGCAUCCAUUCCAUCCCCAGCACUCGGAGCAAACUGUGAGGAUGCUCAGCUGAUGAGCAUGAUUGAAUUGACAACAGACCAAAUGGAGGCAUUGGGACAACAUGCUAAGUGUCACUCAUAA